AUGCUCCUCACGGAUGAACACGCCGCGCUGUUGGCCAAGUACUACGGCACGGUUCAGCUCAGCGGCGAGCAAAAGGAUCUUCUCAUUGAAAAGUAUUGGGAGGCGAACAGAGAAGAGCGAAGUGAGAUCGCCCGGGCCUACGCCGUGCUCUUCGCCACCGACGCCACCUUCAUGCAGCGGCUGAUGGCCUAUUACGAUACACACAUCGCCGCAAUAACACACAGAGGAAAAGCCAACGGACGGCAGAGUCUCGCCGCAGCCGCAGCAGAGGAGGGACGAGAAGAUACACAUACUUCCUCACGAUAUACAAAUGCCGCUGGUGAAGAUAAUAAUAAUUAUAAUAAUAAUAAUAAUAAUCAUAAUAAUAAUAAUCAACAACAACCGCAAAGGGCACCACGAUCUACUAAAUCAUCUGGUGGGAGUACAUUAACACACGCGCAGUUACUUUUACGCACGGCCAUUCAAGAUCAAUAUGUGAAACUCACCGGUGAUGGUCCCUUUCCUGUUUCCUUCGGUCUUGUGCAAACAGAAGAGGAACGGCGUGAGGCGGUGGAACUGUAUUCUAUGCAAUUUCAAUAUCCAGAUCCACCAGAACUGCAACGAUUGGUGAUUCUCCCACAGUCUCUCUCCACACGUACGAGACGAAGAGCGAAGGGAGGAUAUACGUGGUAUCUCCGCUCCAAUACCACAAAUGAAAUGGUGUGUGCAGUUACGAUAAAAGCACAUCACUACGAUACACAACACUUUGUGGAAGUUCCUCUUUUCGCAACGGGUGUAGGAUAUAAAAAGAAUGGUUUUGGUAGAUUAUUAAAUGCUGCUCUUUCUCAAUGGUGUGCAGAGGCAGGAUUUGAGUUUAUGAUGAUUUCUGCAGAUGUGCAGGCAAUUCCCUUCUGGUCACAUCUUGGAUAUACUUCCAUGUCCAAAAGUGAACUCACCCGUAUAGCCUUUUAUUAUGAACAUAAUUGUUAUAAAUUUAAAGGAGCAGAAGCGAUGAUUAAAUAUUGCAAGGAAUUAACGAAAAGAGAAAUAGCGAUGGCACUGGAAAGGAUGCCAAAAAUUGUAGUGGUGGGAUCGGUGAGUUUACCAAAUCCAUAA